ACGGGCAUGAGCGUGGAGAGCAAGUGAUGACAAUCCCUUCAAUGAACUCUUUGGAGGCUAUUUAUUGAUCGGAUUUUCUAUCAUCUCACUCAGCCAGCACUGGAGCCGGGCGCACCUGACAGAAGUGUGACGGCAUUGGGGAUUAAAGACCGGUAAAAGAUAUUCCGCAACAAAGGAAGCACGGGGAGACAAACCAAAAUGAGUUGCCGCUAUUAGCAUGUACCAGAAUUGCACUGGAGACUUGAUGUCCGACCACUCAUGUUUGGCACCCUGAACAUUCCCUGAAGAGGCCCGGGACGCAGCAGUGUGCCCGACUUGCCCUGCAUGCGUGGACACAUAUACAUAUGCGUAUAUUUAUAUUUGUGCUAUAAACAUAUUGACACACGCACAUUGCGCUGAAUUCAAAGCAGAGUGCUUUGAGCUGAGGAAUUAAAACCAAGAGUAUGGUCCAACAGUCCACCUCAAUCCUACUGCUGGGAGCCCUUUUCGGGCUGUUUCUGCUCAUGCCUGUUCUGAUGGCACCAACGCCGCCAAGCAUGUGCACUCCCUUGAGGACGCUUGAUGACAAUCUGAGCCACAGGCGACGCUACAUGAAGCACAAUUUCCCCAUCAACUACACUGUCAGGGUUCAUCACGAGGAAGUUUUUACACUAUCAAACAUCAGCAAAAUGAAGCUACGGAUGGACAACUUAGAAGAACUUCACCUUCAGAGGAUGUGGUUCCUUGUUAACCACAGCGUGUUGAAAAGGAUAAUACGAGUCAUGCCAGAAAGACAUCCUUCACGUCCCUACACUACAAAGUUGGAGAGACGUCUGCAAGAUGCCGAGGGAGUCUUCGUGCAGUCGUAUCCUCCAGAGGUAUUCCAGCAGGAACUUCCAGAUGCAAUCCAAGACAUUUGGGAUCGUUUAACAGAAGAAUCAGACAAAGUGCCAGAGUACAGCUGGAGAUUUGCUUCUCCAAAAUCCCUUUUGGACAAUUUCUGUCACACCAUGCAUUGCCUCUUCCGUGAAUGCUUUGCCACCACAGAAACACAGCAGGACCAAUCUGAUUCCUUCCAUUGUCAGAAAGGCAGGAAGAAAGCCCUCAGGGCAAAAAGCUGAGAGGUCAGUGGGGUCCCUCGUCAUCCGGAAUAGGUUGACCUUUAGGGAUCUUGAAGGACAAUCCACUUCCACAAGCAUUUUUUUCACAAAGCCUGCUGGAUAAUGUGAUAUAUAUCAUUUUGCCCUAAUAUGUUCAUGUUAACAUAUAUCUAAGUAAAUGCAUAAUCCUUACAUGACCUAAAUUAUUUGCUAAAACAAAGCCUUUUUUGGAGUGGAGGACCUGCCGCAACCUGCCUUGUCCACACACCGAAGGGUUAACCUGAAGUCUGGAGGAAAAUGUUUUUCCAGCCAUCUGCCUUGAAAAGUCCACCGCGUGCUCUUGAAAAUGUGCCUGCUUGGUUCAUGUCAAAUGAGUCUAUGCUUCACAUUGGAUUGAUGAUAUGGCCGGCUGACUUCUAUACAACCAUACCGUUGUACUCUGCUUCCCAGGGCCACUUUUGGUGACUGCAAUGUCUGUGAACUUUAUCUCUCAAGACUGGCUAUUAUUCAUCCCCCUAAAGCAUAUUUGGCUAUCUUAGGCUUUUAUUACAUUUUGCUUCAAGUGUUAUUCAUGUACAGUAUUUUGCUCGAAAUAUUUGCCAUGCACAAAAAGAUAUGGGUUCUUAUGGAAAAAAUCAUAAAUCUUUCCUUUCAUGUUUCACUGUACACUUACUUUGCGUCAGAAGAGGCGUGACAGACAUGAUUUCAAGAGAAUAUGCACAAAAAUGGUAAAUCCAGAUGGAUUUAUUGCUAGUGAUCAAAUGAUGUUUUGCUUUUAACCGUAUAUACUACUCUAUACUGUUCACAUACAUCAACAUGUGCUGGCAAUCCAGGUCGUACAACUGCAUUUAUAAACUAUGCAUUCCAAACACACCAUACUUCUUACCAUGUCAUACUUAUGUAGUAAAAAAACAAAAUUAUUUUUUUCCCCAAACCAUGUUUGUGCCCUAAACUGUAACUUUUUUAAAUUAAUGUGCUAAAAAAAUAUGCUAAAAAAUACUUUUUCCAAUUCAAAAUAAUGCAAAGAAAUAGAAUGUGACAUUCAGAAAAAGCAGGACACCUUAACUAUACAGCACAAUAUCAUGUCAGUUUGUCAAAACCUACCGGCGCAGCUCAUCUGAUUACUGAUGAAAAAUACCCGGACCCCACAUGGCAAUAAUUAAUGCCCUCAGAAAACCUAUGGAUAAUAAUAAACAGUUAAAGUGGAAAUUAUUCCCAUAGCUCAUUAAAAUGUAUUUAAAGAGUUAUGAGAUCAACACCAAGAAGGAAGCAGAGAUUAGUUUUCAAUGCAUAUGAGAUGUUAUGAGAUGACAGUUCUGUGUAGGUUACAAACAACAAUUCAAGUGAAUUUGAGACAUUGUGUAAAAUGUAAAAAUACAAAAUACAAUGAUGUACAAAUUGUUUUCAAUUUAUAUUCUGUUAAAUACACUACAAGGACAGCAAAUUGAAAGUUCAAAUUGAUGAAUAUCACUUUUAUAAUAAUAGUGUUUUUUUUUUUUUUUCAAAAGUUCUCUCAUUUUCAAUUUGAAGCCUGCAACACAUUUGACACAAGCUGGGACGGGCAAAACAAUAAUCAUAAAGUUGAGGAAUGCUUAAAAAAGAAAACAACCCCCCCAGUUUUGAACAUUCCACAGGUGUACAGGUUAAUUGGUAAAAGGUCAAAAACCAACAAUGAAUGCCCGUGACCUUCUAUCCCUCACGUGGCACAGCUUGGAAAAACCGCCAGCACUUUCUGAAGGAUGUUGCCAUGUGGGCUAACAAACAGUAAAAGAAAACAACAACAACAAAAAAAAACAUUUAAGUUAACCCAGUUCGUCGCUAAAUCUCCAAAGGCAGGUUAAAACUCUGCCGAGCAGAGCAAAAACCACAUUUCAAUAACACCCAGAAACGGACUUCUCUGGGCUUGAGCUCAUCUGAAAUGGACAGAUACAAAAUGGAAAAGUGUGCUGUCGUUUGACAAAUCCACAUUUCAAUUGUUUUUGGAAGUCAUUGACAUUGUGUCCUCUGGGAAAAGGAAAAGGAUUGAUAACAGUGCAAAGGUGAUGGCAUGGGGGUGUGUUAGUUCCCAUGGCAAGAGUAACUUGCACAUCUGUGAAGGCAUCAUUAAUGCUUUAAGGGUGCAUACAGGCUUCGGAGCAUCAUACACUGCUAUCAAAGCAACAUCGUUUGUCAGGACAGCCCUGCUUAUUUCAGCAAGAGAAUGUCAAGCCACAUUCACACGUGUGGUUUUGUAGUAAAACCGUUGGGGUACUAAACUGGCUUGCCAGCAGUGCAGGCCUGACUCCCAUUGAAAAUAUGUAAUUAUAACACACAAAACACAACAACGGCAACUCUGGACUGUUGACCAACUAUCGUUGAACAAUAAGUAAGCAGAGGAAAGAAUUCCAGUUAAAAAGCUUCAACAAUUGGGGACCAAUUUUCGUGCCCAGAGCAGGUCUGGCAUAAAGUGUACACUAACUGUACUCAUAUGUGGUGUUUUCUUUCUUUUGGCAUUUUCAUAGACUGACACAGUUAGAAAGGGGUGUUUUUGCUGUUGUGGCAGAAGCGGGCCAAUUUACUUCCUGGCAACUCAUUCCCAAUCUCUGCAACAGAAAUACACUUGCCGGAGACCAUGAAGAAGAUCAAAUCAUGAAAAGUGUGUUUAUCAGGAACUGUAAGCAUACCUCUACUUGCGAAUGAUGUAAAGUUGGUCACAGAUUAUUGCUGUGAAGUGGGAAUUUGAAGACCACCUUUCACCCUUUUUGUGUCCAUAUAUGACACUAUCCCCUCCCCCUAAAGCUGUGCCGGGGAGUGAAGGCGCACUACUAGUGGCCUCCCUGGCCCAGGCGCUCGUUGGCUUGCCGGUGCCUCGCCCACCAACUGUUUCCAAAAAAGAGCUGCCAUGACUGGCCUUCCCCGUCUACGCCGACUUGAUUACUAUUCACUAUUUUGUCAGUGGUGGGCGCAGCAGCUGGCUUUAGGACGACUUCGUGAAAGCGGUGCAACAGCUACAUGGGGGUUGGGGGAUUAGUGAACCAGGCGUCAGAAAAAUAGCCACCAAAAUAGCUAAUAUUUCAUAAGAAAUUAGAUCGCCAUUGUGUCAAGGUAAUAUAUCAUCAUAUACUGUAUAAUGUAUGCCUUUAGUUAACUGUGAAAAGCUUAAACUAUUUGUCAUGACAUUACUAUUUUUUUUCUUGUAACUUUAUGUCAACAUUUUCAGAACUUUAGGACCUAAUUCUUGUGCUAUUAAUUUACCAUUACAAAUACCAUUUUGGGUAAGGAGCUACUAUUGCACUUGAAUAAUGACCGAUAUAAGGCAUCUGUGAUACAGUGAGAACAGUGAGUGGUGAAAGUGAACAAAUUAAAAUGUUCAGCACUUGUGUACAUAGUUAUAAAAUGACGGGAUUUUAUUGUUAUUCCUUUUGGAAAGGGUACCCUUUGCGAGAUAACGAUCUGCACCUAAGUGCAGUAAGAUUUACUGACAGUGCAAAAAUGUCCGGAAAAAAAAAACAUUUAUUGUAAAUCUUUACAGGGGAAGGUCAAGGGGCCUAAUAAUGUAAAUCAUCAUUAGGGCUAGGCCAGGGGAAGCAGGCUAGAAUCCAAAGAUAACCCACAUAUGUACUUAUUUCAGGUUCUCUGUGGAAAUUUGCAGCACACGUCACAGUUAUGGUGAGGUUUUAAGUCCCUUUCAGUAAUAACAAGAUAUACUUUCGAUCUAGUAUUAUUUUGACUUGCUGGUUUAGUCAGUUUGUGGUUGUCCUACUUUGUCUACAGUUGCAUAGAAAUGUUUUAAGUUGAAGUAACAGAAAUAUUUGGCUGCAAAAAACAAGCACUGUGAAAGGUUGAAUGCAUUUUGAAAUCAUUCUUUGAUUUGUUGCUAAACAAAAAUGCCCACGUGAUUGAAAAUUUCAGAAUUGGCAGUUACUGAAAAGCACUGAAAAUGCAAUGUGGUACGUAUUACACAAGUGUGUGUAAGUUUCAGGUACCGUACUUGUGUCAUGCGUGUCAAAAGAACACAUUUUUAUUUGUGAAGGCUUACUGAAAGUCUGUUGUUUCCAGUUAGUAUUCCGAGCCCGUCUACAUAAUUAAGUCGGAAGAAUUCCAGGGGACCGUUCACAAAACAUAUAUAUCAAACCCAAACUACGAGUAUUAUUAAUUGUGGGUCAGACUAUUGACCAGCACCUGGACAAAAAUAUCCUGUGGCAUUUGCUACUUCUAGGUGAGAUUUGGGCUGUGACACCUUAUUGCUCCUUCACCAUCAUCAUUCACCCACUCAAUGGCCUGAGUACCCAGCUCGAGAACAUUGCAGUGCUUGAGUAAUGUCCCUUCUCACCCAACCUGGCCCUGUGUACAUUUUUGAAUGACAUCAAUAUGGCACGGAUGCAAGAGCUGCAGAGAAUCCUGGAAAAUCAUCCUUCCAGGAGUACAUGAGGGCAUGACACAGAAGGGGGAUUACUUUGAAGGGGAAAACUUGUAGUUUGGAUUACGAAUAUAUCUUUUGUCACACCAGUCCUGGAAAUUUUCAGACACACGUCGUAUGUGUCAGUCAUUACAUUAAGAUGAGGUUAUUAUGAUCAUUGGUCAUAUUUUGGAUCUGAAAUCAACUCAGUGAUGUUUUUCAUACCUUUUAUAGGGAUUGCUUUUUGCAAAGAAAUUUAUACAAUAAUUGCUGAAACUAUGAGUAUUGCUGUACAGGCAGCAUGUAUUUUUGCUGACACUAUCAUCAUGACAAUCAAAUGUAAUGAUACAUGUUUGAAACAAUAUGGGUUUAUCAAAUGGUUUGUUAUCAUUAAGUGCUAUCUGCCACCUCUGGAUGACAGCGGGGUACAGAAAGAUGUCAGCAAAAAGAUAUUAUUGUUGUUUGCUUGUUUUAAACAGAGCACAUUUUUAUACACAGGAUAAUAAAUGUAUUUAUUUUUGAAAAAUGUAUAAUGCGAUACUGUAUGUGACAUUGCUUUUAUGAAAGAACUGUAUUAAAUUUUUACCACGUAAAUAUGUGACUAUAGUGCUCUGAAGUAAUUUCAUUAUGUCAGGAAUAUUUCAGUCUGGAAUAAAACAUCUCUCCACUUUUGA